CGCCGAAGCGCGCGACAAAACCUCUGCAACAACUCAGCUGUUGUUCCAUCCCUGCUCUCGUGCGCUCUCGCAUUCAGCGCGUGACCCUUCCAAGAGGGCAGUGGUCGUGAGCAGAACCUAUAUUAGCGCGGGUGUGUUAUUAGGCAGCGAUGGCGAACAUUAUGGGUCCUUUGGAUGCGGCCACCGCAGCGGUGGUGCGCGACUACCACGUAGAGCCCCGCAUGGAGUACCGGACGAUCUCGGGCGUUAACGGGCCCUUGGUUAUCCUGGAGAACGUGAAGCUGCCCAAGUACGCGGAGAUCGUGGACCUGACGCUGUCGACGGGCGAAAAGCGCCAAGGGCAGAUCCUGGAGGUGUUCGGCAGCCGGGCGGUGGUCCAAGUGUUCGAGGGGACCCACGGAAUCGACAACCGUAACACAAGGGUGUCCUUCACGGGGGACGUGCUUAAGAUGGCCAUCUCCGAGGAGAUGCUCGGGAGGGCCUUCAACGGGUCCGGCAAGUGCAUCGACAACGCGCCUCCUGUGCUUGCCGAGGACUACCUUGACAUUAUGGGACAGCCCAUCAACCCCUCUUGCCGAGACUACCCCAAGGCUAUGAUCCAGACCGGUAUCUCCGCCAUCGACGUCAUGAACUCCGUGGCCCGUGGACAGAAGAUCCCCCUCUUCUCGGCUGCCGGUCUCCCUCACAACGAAGUAGCCGCGCAGAUCUGUCGUCAGGCUUCUUUGGUGAAGCAGAAGGACGUGUUCGACAGCCACGACGACAACUUCGCCAUCGUCUUCGGAGCCAUGGGUGUUAACAUGGAAACUGCACGCGGCGCCAUGCAAAGGACGGCCCUAUUCCUCAACCUCGCCAACGACCCGACGAUCGAGCGUAUCAUCACGCCUCGCCUGACACUCACCACCGCCGAGUACCUGGCCUACGAGCGCGACCUGCACGUGCUCGUUAUCCUUACCGACAUGUCGUCGUACGCCGACGCUCUGCGUGAGGUGUCCGCCGCCCGCGAGGAAGUCCCCGGUCGCCGUGGUUACCCCGGGUACAUGUACACCGAUUUGUCCACCAUCUACGAGAGGGCUGGUCGCGUUACCGGGAGAAACGGGUCCAUCACACAGCUGCCCAUCUUGACGAUGCCCAACGACGAUAUCACUCACCCGAUCCCCGACCUGACGGGCUACAUCACGGAGGGUCAGAUCUACCUGGACAGGCAGCUGCACACCAAGGAGAUCUUCCCCCCCAUCAACGUGCUCCCGUCGCUCUCCCGUCUGAUGAAGUCGGCCAUCGGGGAGGGAAUGACCAGGGAGGACCACUGGAACGUUUCCAACCAGCUCUACGCCAUGUAUGCUCAGGGCAAGGACGUGAUGGCGAUGAAGGCAGUUGUGGGCGAGGAGGCCCUCAGCCUGGAGGACCACCUUUUCCUCAACUUCGUCGAGAAGUUCGAGGCCAAGUUCGUUUCCCAGGGACCCUACCAGGCACGUUCCAUCUUCGAGUCGCUCGACCUGGCGUGGUCGCUCCUGCGGUCCUUCCCCAAGGAGCUCCUCAAGAAGAUCACCAAGAAGCAGUUGGAGGCGUGGUACUCCAGGCGCGCCGCGGCCAAGCAGGCGGGGGCGUCGGACCUCGUAUCGGGCGACGCAAAGGAAGAGGAGUAAGAGUAAGCGACCUCCCCUCUCGGACGCGCAUUUUGUAUUUGUUCUUUUCUUUUGUUUCCCAGGUUGUGUGUGUUGUCGUCGGACGGGUGCAAGAAAAAUGAGCAGACCGCUCCCGCGGUUUUGUGAGCCUCCCAAGGUGUUUGAAACCCCUGGUAGCCAUGUGGGGGAAGGGGGGGGGGGGGCGAACAGUUAGCUGUACCUCCGGUGAAGCAACACCUGUGUAGGUUAGGUAGUUAGUCACUUCCGUUGUGCCCCUCUAGCCAUUGCCAGUAUGAUUAGCGGCAAGAGCAGGAGCUGACAGUGAUGGAUCGUUCUCUCGCUGUUCCGGGUGAGGGGGGGUGAUCGAUGGGUUCCACCUGUUGAGCGCUACUAAUAGCGGAGACGAUUUUUGCAAUGUUGGGAACAGCGGGGUGGCUUGUCUUUGUGCACCCCUCUCUGCUGAAGCAAUGGCUCCACUGGCACGGCUCGUGGCUGGGAUAACUGCGGCACACAUUAGUGCACAGAUGUAGUGCGGAGAACCGACGUGGCUAACGAAGCCUCCUGCACUACUCCGCGCCGACAGAUUCUCAGAUCCUGUUUUGUUAUUGGCGUACGGUGAUAUGUCUAGGUUCUCUGGGUUGAUCGUGCGUGUUCACUUUGUCGGCAAGAAGAGUUGGCAUGAUGCAUUAUUUGCGGGCGGGCGCGUACAAGCGUUUAUUUUUGGUUCGGAGUAAUGUCUCCCGGUUAUUCUCUGUAGUGGUGCUGACCAUGUGACGACCCUCUCGACGGGAAUAGAGAACAAGCGCGCCUUUGCUGACGUUGAGGGGGGGUCGGGUUCCCGCGGCCUCGUUUUUGUCGCCUUUCUGAGCAGGGCUAGGCCGGUGCCGUUUUUCCAUAGUCUACACCGCACACGUGAAUGGUUUAGUCAGUUGUGCUUCGCUCGCGUCUUGAGGCGGCGGAGUCCACUUUUUAGGAAUAGGCAGCAGUAGUGUGGAAUAGGGGCUGGUUUGCUUCGAUGCGUGUAUC